AUGACGGCCAGUGGGGUGGUUCCCUAUGCUAGCGUGCCUGCUAGUAGCGUUAGUGAUGGAGGUAUAAUCUCAUUCUCUCUAGCUCAGCGUGCCCUACAGCUCCUUGCUAUCAGUGGUGCGGUGGGGGCUGCGAGUCGGGUUAUGGGUCGAAUACGAAUGAGGGCGAGUGAGGGGUCGAAUGCCCCAGCAGAAUCACCCUCGGGAUUGCACGUGUCGAACCUGCAUACCGUCUUGAGUGAGGACCCCGAGAUGCCUAUCCUCAAUGGGGUCACCCUCGACCUCGAACCGGGUGAGGUAGUAGCCCUUCUAGGCCCUAAUGGGUGCGGCAAGAGUAGCUUCGCUCGAACCCUGAUGGGCGACUCGCAAUAUGUGGUUACUCAUGGUGGAGUUGAAAUGAAUAGGGAGGAUGUGUUGUCCCUGGAUGUCGAUGAGCGUGCCUCCAAGCUUGGUUUGUUCAUGUCGUGGCAGGCCCCUGUUGAGGUGCCUGGUUUGACUAACUUCACCUUAUUGCAUGCAGCAAUGAAUGCAACCAGGCAGGCCAAGAAUCUACCACAAUUAUCGCCCUUUGAGUUUUAUGACUUCGCCAAGUCUCGGCUGAUGGAGGUCGAACGAGGGGAAGAGCUGUUGGAGUAUCUGGACAGACCUGUUAAUACAGGAAUGUCGGGUGGUGAACGGAAACGUGUAGAGCUCCUACAUGCAGUAGUGCUACGACCUAGACUGUGCAUCUUUGAUGAGAUCGAUAGUGGCCUCGACGUAGAUGCUCUAAGACAGGUAGCUACCACCCUCCGGUCCUUACGUGAGGUGGAUCCGUCCAUAACGAUGCUGAUAGUAUCCCACUACAAGCGAAUGCUGGAUGAGCUACACCCCACUAGGGUGUUGGUAAUGCAGGAUGGUGUAAUAGUACAUCAAGGCGGCCCUGACCUCAUCAAUGUGGUGGAUAGAGGAGGCUUCAAGGGGGGAUGGUUGCAGCAACAAGAAGAUGAUGAUGACCCCUGA